AUGUCUCAUCUCCACCUACUUCAUAUAACCACUACUUUGAGUGGGAUUAAAGUAAACAAAGUCUUGAUCGAUGGUGGGGCGGCAAUCAGUCUGUUGCCUGAGAGGAUGCUAAUGAAGGUUGGAAAGCAUCCUGGUGAUUUAGUCCCCACAAACAUUGCUAUAACUGAUUUUAGUGGGGCUUCAACUCCAGCGAAAGUGCUGGUUACUUUGACUGUGAAGGUUGGAUCAUCCAAACGAAACACUAUGUUCGUGGUGGUUCCAUCAAAGACAAGUUACAAUGCUUUGUUGGGGCGAGAUUGGAUUCACGGUGUAGGGACUGUACCUUCUACUGUGCAUCAAAGCAUGCUUCUUUGGUCAAAGGAUGGCAAGCCUAAAGUCAUAAAGGUAGAUUUGAGCCUCUAUGUCGAACUGCUGCACGUUGAUUUCAGGAUGUAUAAUCCUAAGUUGAAACCUCUGAAUAUCGACAGAACACUAAACUCUUAUAAUUGUGAAGGUUGUUACUUGUCCUCGGAAGGAAAUAAAGAUGAUUCUUCUGAUGAAGUAGAAUCACAUAGGAUUAGAAGUUCUUUUAAUGAUACUUGUAUUGAUUCGAUAUCUUCAGUCGAUAAUGCUAUAAGCCAAACUACUCAUUUAAUAGCAGAGGAGCAUUGUGUUGAAAAUCGAAAUACCAUCAGUAAAGUAAAUGAUCCAGUUUAUUCUAUUUCUAAUGAAAUUGUUGAUUUCACCUUCGACUGCAUCUAUGGUUUGGAACCUUUGGGUUUUGAAAAAUAUUUUGUAAAAGAUGAGGAGCAUUUUAAGGGAUUUGAAUCUCAGGACCCCUUAGAGGAAAUUAAUUUGGGGACCCCUGAUGAUGUUCAAAUAACUUACAUUUGCAAGGGUCUUGUUGAUCCUUUUCGAACUGAACUUUUUCAUCUUUUACAUGAGUUUAAAGAUUGUUUUGCUUGGGAUUAUUAUGAGAUGCCUGGUCUCGAUCAUUCUCUUGUGGAAUAUCGAUUAGCAUUAAAAUCAAAUGCUAGACCUGUGAAGCAAACUCCACGACAUUUUUCUCCAGAAAUCAAUGAAAAUAUUAAAGAAGAAAUAGAACACUUGAUUAAAGUGAAAUUUACUCGAACUACACGCUAUGUUGAGUGGGUUUUGAAUAUUGUCCCUGUGAUGAAGAAAAAUGGGAAGUUAAGAGUAUGCCUUGAUUUUCGAGAUUUAAAUAAUGUUAUUCCUAAAGAUGAAUGCUUUAUGCCAAUUGCAGAUAUGUUGAUUGAUUCUGCAGCAGGAAAUAAAAUCUUAAGUUUUAUGGACGGUUAUUCAGGAUAUAACCAAAUCUUCAUUGCAGAAGAUGAUGUGUCCAAAAUUACUUUCCGUUGUCCUGGGGCAUUAGGCACAUAUGAAUGGGUAGUUAUGCCUUUUGGUUUAAAGAAUGCAGGUGCAACAUACCAGCGAGCAAUGAAUGCUUUUUUCCAUGAGUUUAUUGGAAAAUUUAUGGAGGUGUAUAUCGAUGACGUCAUGGUCAAAUCGAUUUCAGUGAGUCAACACAUUUAUCACUUAAGAAAAGCAUUUGUCACCAUAAGGAAGAAGGGAUUAAAAAUGAACCCUUUAAAAUGUUCUUUUGGGGUAUCGGCUGGAAAUUUUUUGGGUUUUGUAGUUCAUAAAAAAGGAAUUGCAAUCGAUAAAAAUAAGGCGGAUGCAAUAUUAGCAUUGUAUGCACCUAAAUCAAAAAAAGAAGUGCAAUCAUUAUUAGGUAAGUUUGAAUGGACAAAUGAGCAUCAAUUAGCAUUCGAUUCGAUUAAGGCUUAUUUGUCUAAGGCUCCGAAUCCGAUUAUAGCAAAUGUUCGUCCACAUGAGCCCUUAAAAUUAUACAUUGCAGCAUCUAUGAACACGAUUGGGUGUAUGUUAGCUCAAGAUGAUGAGAAUGGGCAUGAGCGGGCUGUUAUAGCACAAACUGAUCUCAUCAAAUACAUGUUAAGUUUUCUGAUGUUGCGAGGACGUCUAGGAAAAUGGAUGCUAUCCUUGACAGAGUUUGAUUUACAAUACGUCCUAGCUAAGGCCGUCAAAGGUCAAGUCAUUGCAGAAUUUCUCGUAAGUAAUUCGAAAGAUCUGAAUGACCAGGGGGCAAAUGUAAUCGACAUUGACAUCGACUAUUGGAAGUUAUAUUUUGAUGGAUCGAAGCAUAAAGAUGGUGCAGGGGUUGGAAUUCUUAUCAUCUCACUAGAGGGAUUUCCAUCAGAAUUCUUAUUUGAAUUAAAAUAUACUUGCUCAAAUAAUGUGGCAGAGUAUGAAGCUUUGAUUUUGGGUCUAGAAAUAUUAAUUAGUAAAGGGGUUUUGGAAGUUCAAAUAUUAGGGAAUUCUCAGUUAGUUCUAAAGCAGUUAUCGAAUGAGUUUAAAUGCAAUAAUGAGAGAUUGUAA